UCGGCCUGGAAAUGUGGUGCCCGCUGGUCCUGCUACUGCUCCCCGCCUCUGUCCUGAUUGGCCCCUCCGCUGCCGCCCCAAUCCGAGACGGUGACAUGCAGGAGAGCUCCUUGGGCCUGCUAGGCCUGCAGAGCCUACUGCAAGGCUUCAGUCGGCUUUUCCUGAAAGAUGACCUGUUCCGGGGAAUGGACAACAUCUUCUCGGCCCCCAUGGAUUUCCGGGGCCUCCCCAAGAACUACCACCAGGAGGAGAACCAGGAGCGCCGGUUGGGGAACAGCACCCUCUCCAGCCACCACCAGCUCGACAAGAUGACUGACAACAAUACCGGAGAGGUGCUCAUCUCCGAGAAAGUGGUGGCAUCCAUCAGCCCAGCAGAGGGGAGCUUGGAGAGUGACUGGAAGGUGCCCAGGAGGGAGGAGAAGGAGGCCCUGGCGCCUGUCCAGAAGGUGGCUGAUGUCCACAAUGUCCACAUGGAGCCACGUCCGCGGGUAUCCUUCUUGAUCAUGAAGCUGCCCCGGUGGAGGUCCCGCCAGGAUGCCCAAGAGGGGGGCCGCUGGCUCAGCGAGAAGCGUCACCGGCUGCAGGCCAUCCGAGAGGGUCUCCGAGAGGGGACUCAUGAGGACACCUCUGAAGAGGGCCCCCAGGGCCCCUUGCGCGCCAGGCUGCCUGCCCGCAAGGCCCACUUCCUGUACAUCCUCCGCCCCUCCCAGCAGCUCUAG